AUGCCCAUCUACCACCACACUGCGCUUUUCCUACGCUGCGCUGUGGAACUGCAUCUUGCAGGUAAGGACCUGUGGAAAGACUUCCCAACUUGGCGCGAGCGCGCGAGUACUCCGGCCCCGCCCUGGUCCGACGAGUACACCCUGGAGGAGUUGGAUGUCGACGACGAGGAGGAGCACGAAGCUAUCAGGAAGCUGUUCGCGACGGCGGUGGAGCGCAAAACGGUCCCGCCCCGGGUCAGCAAGAGCGAUCCGGCGAUGGAUACCGCGCCCCUUGGCGGCUGGGUGACGCGGCGAUGGAACAAGGACUGGACGUUGCGGAAGACAACGGAGGAUCUGCUGGAGGAGUUCGGGAUCACUAUAAAGUCGGCGAUCCACAAAGAUCGGAUUCCCCACUCCGUCAGCCUGAUGGGGCCAGUGCGAACGCCCCUCGUUCGCGUUCUGUUUGGAGAAGAAGGUAUGGUUGCGAACGGGCUGAUGCCGCUCAAGGCGCUCGAGCAUUUCGCGGGAGGGGUAGUGUCCAUCUUGUUCGAGCAAUGGAACAGCGACCUCAGAAGACACAUCGACAAAGUCGACAAGCUGCGGAAGCUAACGAGCAAGACGCACGAAAAAAUUGUGAGCGGCGAGCAUGUCACAGCGGCGGCGCUGCAAAAUUAUAUCAAGGACAUGCAUGCGCUGAAGAAACACCUGGAGCCGUUCGUCGGCGAGGGUGAGUAUUCGGAGCUGCGGGUGGAGACAAACAAGACCCUCAGCGACGCGCACGAGUGUCUGGAGCACGACGUCAGGGCGGCAUGCUUUGACGCACCAAAGGCCGCGUCCUGGUUGGGGGAGGCGAUCUUGCACCUGCCCAGCCCUUCAGAGACCGCCGCGAUCAAGGACCAAAUGGAUCGCAUCGUCUGCGAGGAGAUCACGGCGGACCACGUCGGGACGAUGCUCACCGAAGACGAGCUGCUGGACUGGCGCUCUGGCUGUGAGGAGUACGAAGACUGCAACGUCGAAGAGAUCCGGUGGGCAAUCGGCUGGCCCGCAGACCCGAACGCGCACGCCCCCCUUCGUCUCGUUGUCCGCGCCGAGGCAUUAGCCGCUUCAAAACUCAAUCGCGCCGCCGAGGCUGCCGCCGCCGCGAACGCCGCUGCGGAGGAGGCCAACGCUCUCCACCUUGCGGCACCGGAGGACACGGACGCCGCGACACUUGCCCACGAAGCCUCCCAGGCAGCGUCGAAAGCAAAUGAGGCGAAGGCCCUUGCAGCGGCCGCAGCCGAAGCCGCCCGCGUCGCGAUGGCCGAGAGCCGCUUCCGCCCCAACACGAGCGCGACGACCGAGGCGCUACCCGCCGUUCGUAACGGUGCGAUGCCGUACUUUGCGCACUUCAUCGACGUCAAGCGCGAGUUCACGGAAGCUUCGGGCGCGAAGUGGGAGCAGCUGAAGAAGGUCCCGGAUCGCGUGCAGCCGCUGACGUUGCUCUGGCAUCAGUAUGGUGGGGUCAUCUCGAUCCUUGACAGACUAUUCCGCGGGAACCCGGCCAUGUUGUGCGACGACGUCGGGCUCGGCAAGACGAUCCAGGCGGUGGCGACGAUGUGUUACCUCGACUUUGCGCACCAGCACCACGAGAAGCACGGCAAGUGGCCGGGGCAGUUCGGCAGUGACCCGGAGAAGUACAAGCUGGAGCCGAUCGCGAGCCGAGUUCACGUCGUCGUAGUGCCAAACAGUCUCUCUGCGCAAUGGCGGAGCGAGCUGGAGCGGGUGCUGCUCCCUCAGUCGGUGAUCGUGUUGCCUUACGAAGGCACGAGUAAGGACACCAGCCGCGCGCCCGUCUUCGAGGUCCUCCGCCGCGCGAGGGGUGGCAUGGUCAUCCUCGUUGUUUCUGCGACAGCUCUCACGCACGACCUCGUGACCGCCUGCCCAUCAGUGCGUGACUGGCAGUCAUCGAACUUAGUCCUCAAGUUCCGUGAGACGUAUACCGCGAACACGCUGUUCCGGGCUGACUUCACGCCCGCCUCUCUCUUCAUCGACGAGAUGCACGACUACCGCAAGCCUGGCCGGGCAUUUCACGCAGUGCGUGGGUUGUCAGAGAAGACCAAGCUGAUCGUCGGGAUGUCCGCGACGCCGGUGGUGACGGAGCCUGCGGACUUGUGCAACCAGGCCAUCCUUCUACGAGUGCCGUGGAUGGACCAUGCCGUCAAGGACGCUCUGCAUCGCGCGUACACGAGUGCCAUGCGCAAAGGCGGCGGUGCCCGCGGCGACAGACUCAAGGUUGCCUCCGACGCGCUCCGCAAUCGCAUCAGCAACGUCGAGGCGAAGCGUCAAGCCAAGAGCGGCUCAGGGUCCGGCGUGGCAACCCCCUCCUCCUCACAACGCGACCCGACUCCGAUGGACGUCGAUCUGCCCGCAAAAAUUCGGCGUGCCCGAGACAAGGCUCACGCGGCUCACAAGGCGCUGUCAGCGGCCCGGUCUGCUUAUGUCAACUUUGGCCGUCAAGUGCUCACAGGGGUCGUCAUUCACCGCACGGCAAGCACAACGGAUCCCGAGGGCAAUGUCAUCGUCAGCCUGGCACCGUACCACGAGCAGUUUCUGGUGCUCCAGUUGUCGGCGAACGAGUUGGACGUCGUCAAAUCGUUGACCAAGCUGAUCGUCGUAGGAGGGCAAGGUGGCCGCACACUGGACGGAUUCUAUCGCGAGUCACGCGUCGCAUGCUUCCACCCUCGUCUCAUGGGCCCCAACAGGAUUGAGCCACCUGCGGCCUACAUCGACGGCGAGAGCUCAAAGAUCGAGAUGAUCUUCAAGCUCAUGCAGUAUCACCAGGCAGAACGCGGGCUUGGUCCGGCCAUGAUCGACCCGGACGAGUCCGCCGCGCCGAACACGCUCAUCCCCCGCCUCGACGUCGAGCGUCCCAACGGCAGCUACACGAUGCGCCCGGAGAUGCCCUCCGACAAGUCCGUGUUGAUGAUGAUGACUCCUAUGCACUCCUGGCUCCUGACGGAUAUGCUCAAGAGACGGCACAUCGAGUACAUCGAGUAUACCGGCAAGGAGUCCGCCAACAUCCGCAAGGCGCGUCUGAAGGAGUUCGAGACGUCGAAAACAUGCAAUCUGCUGAUCAUCUCUCCUGUCGGCAUCACGGGCCUCAACUUGUGGUUCGCCCGGAUUCUGAUCAUCGUCGAGCCCCUAUGGUCAGCCCUAGAGGACCGGCAACUCAUUGGGCGCGUCUCGCGUUACAUGCAGCACGACUGGGUGAUCGUGUACCGCCUCAUCGCCGGCGAGGGGAUAGACCCGAUCCUCGCGCAAAUUUCGUGCAGUAAGAGCGCCAUGCACGAGACGUUCUUCAAGCAAUCGGAGCUGAGCGACGAGGUACGCAAAGCCCUCGACAUCGUCGCCGACUCGGAGAUGCUGCAGGACCCCGACGUCGAGAGGGAAGCGGCCGCCAUCAGGGAAGGGGACACCGGAAACUUGGACACUCAGAUCGACGACUCGGCGAAGCGCGCCGGCACUAGCGCGAACAAGGGGCGUAAGAAGACCACCGCAUCGUCGUCGAAGCAGCAUGUGACGGGCGCUGGUCCUUCCUCCGCCGCGGCCGAUGCUAAGCGGGCGAAGGGAAAGAAGAAGACCGCACAGGACAAGCUCGCCGAGGCCCAGGCGAAGGAGGCCCAGGCCCAGGCGAAGGAGGCCGCCGCCCAGGCUAAGCGCGCCGCCUCGCUGGCCAAGAAGGCGAAGGCCGAGGCGCGCCAGGCUAUCUCCCAGGCCGAGAUUAUGGAGGCGCGGGCUGAGAGGGAAAAGGCGGAGACUGCCAAAUCCCAGGCGAUCGCCAUGAAGGCCAUCUCCGCCAUCGCGCCCAAGCCGCCGAAGGCCGGUCCUAAGCCACGGCCUGUCGCGAAGGCGCCCCGUGCCGACAAGGGCAAGGGUAAAGGCAAGGCGACGGAAGUUCCUUCACCGCACGACUCGGACUCUGGCAUGGACCAAGCACCGGCUCCGACUCCAGCAGCAGUGUCCACCGUCCAUGUGAGCGAGCGCGAUGCGUCCUCUGCCCCCGCAAUGUCUGCAGGUCCUUCCAUCUCGGCCAUCCGUCCUGGCCCCACCACUCCCGCACUCGCCCGCGCCGCCUCCUUAGGUUAG